UCGACAUGGCUGUCUGUGGUUACAGCACCUGGAGAAAUUUUCCACAAUUCCCAUCAUUAGCAUUACAAGGCAUGUGCACGGAACGCAUCGCGCUGCUUGAGUUUGGCUGAAUACUGUUGAUUGCAAGUGAAAGGUUCUUUGCGAAGUCGACGCAGAUACUUAAUUCUGACACCAAUUUCUCGACAGCCUUGUUCCGGGAGUUAAUGCAGACAGGAAGACGUGCUCUAGAUGUGGAUUAUUUUGGUCGAACUUGGGAAUUGCCAUCGCUAGCCAUGAUCGGCAUCCACCAGGAGCAGCAGCGGGGUCGGGCCGGGUCCUUCGACCGCUUCAUCCCGGCCAGGGACCGACUGAACUUCGCCGCCGCUUCCUACGAGGUCUCCCCGACACCUGGCAGCCGGGGGAGGGCCGACGAAGAUGGGGCGUCGAGCCAAGACGUGUUCUUCGAGUCCAAGAGUGAGGCGAACAACAGCGAUUCCGUCUGGAAAUUCGGGGAGUCUCAAGCCGAUUACCAACAACGGAUGGCUCUCUUAGCCGAGGGUGUUGUUUGCGACAAGGUCUUCGCCUUUAGACCCCGUCAGCGAAGCGGCAGCUGGAGUGGCUACAGAGACGUCGCGACGAGCAAGCUGCCGUGUCGGAAGUUGCCGCCCUCGCCGACACAUGCCUUAGAAGUCAACGCUCUCAACACAGCUCGCGUGGGCUCGUCACAACUCUUCGACAUCAACUCUCGCGGCCAGCUGGCCAUGCUGCUUGGAAGACAGCUCCACGUCCUGGAGCUUGGCCAAGCUGAUGUGAGGUUCAAAUCCUUCACAGUCAGCAGCGAGCCGGCUGGACGGGACGACGCCCACCACACUCCCUGCUGCGUGCGGUGGAGUCCCACUGGCAGGGCGGUUGCGGUCUGCGCCCAAGCUUUGCUGCUAUUUGAUCCUGAGCUCGGUCGCAUUACCGCAUCGUCGAUAGAUUUCUCGCCCUCUGAUUGUCUGGACUGGAGUCGGCAUUGCUUAUCAGCAGGGUAUUCUGAUGGGACUGUAAAGGUGUACGACACGCGCUGUAGCCUGAGUCCAGUCGGGUACUUUACCACCAGCAGCCGGCUCAGUGCCGUCAACACCCUGCGGUACUCCACCGACGGAGGCAUGCUGGCCUGCGGCACGGCGGACGGCAAGGUGGUCAUGUGGGACGUCAGGCACCGUGGGAAACCCCAGCACGAACUGGAUGCGCACAGCGAUGGUGUCGGUGCAAUGGCCUGGUGCCCAUUGAAACCAUGGUAUGUAACUACAGGAGGAAAGGCAAGCGACCAAACCAUUCGGAUAUGGAACGUUUACACGGGGAUCUUGAAUAAAAGCAUCAUGGUGGGGUCAGAGGUGACUUCGCUGGCUUGGUGCGAACAGUCGUCGGAGUUGGUGUCCAGCCACGGCACAGAGAGCGGGGAGGCCAACAUCCGGGUCUGGAAAUCUCCCAAGAUGCACCUGGUGGGGGAGAUGAGGCGACACGAGGGCCGGGUCUUUCAGGUGGGACUGACGCCUGACGGCAGCAAACUCAUUUCUGUAGGCAAUGAUGAGAUUCUGUGCGUUUGGGACUUCUACCACGCCGAUGCUGCCUCCCUAGCGUCCCCUCUGGGGACCGCCCACCCGAGGCGGCGCUCAUCCACAUUUAACUCGCCAGGCAAGAGUCCAGGAGCGGUCACCUCGCCUCUUGCUCUUGGGGGCCUCCGAUGAGAUCGACGGCCGGGAUACAAGAAAUACUAGUGGACCUGAACGUUUCGGAGAAAUGGCACUGGAAAGAGCCAUAGAUACUAUCAAAAUUACUGCUUGUUAAAAAGGCUACGGUUGCCAUAGCAAUCAUAUUAAGGAGAGGUAGAGCAGAAUAGUUAGCAUUAUUUGGAUUAGGCUUUUUGUGUAAUUUAUGUUUACAGCAAAUUAUGUAACACUGAAAACUUUGGCCGCAGUUUUCCCAACAUUUGAGGCUAUGCAAAUAAUGCACAAUUUGAAACAAUGCAUGUGCAGAAUUCACAAGCCGAACAGACAUUAAAGGACCGAACUCCUGAUAUUCGAACAUUUUGUAAAUGAGGUUUAGGAAGGAAAGCAAUCGCUCUAGCGAUGUAACAGCCACGGUACUUUCUCAUGAACCAUGCCUUCAGUGACCGUUUAUCACUGCAUUAUUUUUACCUGAAUUCACCGAAGUCCACACCCUCUAGACGAGACAGGCACUCCGAUGGAGGCUUCUCCGCCACCUGUGUCUGCUUCGCGGUGAGAAACUGUCUGUCAUAAAUAUUAAGGGCAGGAAAUGCAUCAUGAGGUCAAUCAACCAUUAAUGUUGAAUUCUGACGGGUUGAGAAAGACAAGGCAAGACGGCCCUGUAAAAGGUUAGAUUGAACUUCGGUUUGUAACAUAUUUCCGCUAAAAAGGUAUUUACAAUUUCUUCCAGUGCAGGUGUGAACUAUUUGGCCGGUAAGUGACACUGACAACAGAAUGUAGAUUAAGUUUUUGUUGUUUUUUUUCUAGACAAAGCCGCCAAAAGGACACGUUUAGGCUUAAAUUGUAAUGAAUGUUAAAUCAGUUCUUCACAAUAAAUACUUGUUUCAGAUAUACA